AAUAUGCACCGCCUACCUUCAAAAUGGCCGGUCGUAAAUUCAAUAUAUGUGAAAAUAGAAGAAAUUUGCUAUAAAACUACUAUAGCUAUAAUUUGUGACAAUUAGUGAAUAAAAACGUACUUGUUUAAGAAUUGCUGUGUGAUGUCCAGCAACUUCGUAGUGAAUUCGAAGUUCGUUUCACAAUUGAGUGCAGUUUUCAGGGCAUUCCAUCGCUUCACAUUUGCGGCUCCAAUCACUUUUAUUAGCGAAAUAUCGGCUUCCGGAAAGUAUUGUUAGAACAGCCUGUGGUGAUCCUGUGUCGAUAAUAAAGAAAAUGAGGCGUCGGGCCAGAAGGAGCACUCGGCCAUCUUCAUUAAGAUCACGUAGCAGGCCAAGGAGGAGAAGCAGAAGUCGUGACAGAGGUUAUGGAGGUGGUGGUGGUGGUGGGGGUGGAAAGAGGAGAGGGGAAGCAGGAGCCAACCUGAGGAAGCCCAGAUGGGAUCUCAGCAGAUUGGAGCCCUUCAAGAAGGACUUUUAUGUGCCACACCCUAAUGUCACUGCCAGAUCACACCAUGAGAUUGAUGAUUGGCGUCACAGCAAGGAGAUCACGUUGAAGGGCAAAACCAUACCAGAGCCUGUAAUGACCUUUGAGGAAGCUGGUUUCCCAGAAUAUGUUUUGAAUGAGGUGAAAAAGAUGGGGUUCAAACACCCUACUCCUAUUCAAGCUCAAGGUUGGCCGAUAGCUUUAUCUGGUAGAGACAUGGUGGGAAUUGCAUCAACCGGUUCUGGAAAAACACUGAGUUACAUCCUGCCUGCAAUCGUGCACAUCAACAACCAGCCGCGUCUCUGCAGAGGAGAUGGUCCUAUUGCACUCGUCCUGGCACCUACCAGGGAAUUGGCUCAACAAAUACAACAGGUGGCGCAAGACUUUGGGCAUUCUUCAAGGAUCAAGAACACCUGUGUAUUCGGUGGGGCUCCAAGGGGCCCUCAAGCCAAUGAUCUUGUGGAUGGAGUUGAAAUCGUUAUAGCGACGCCUGGCCGAUUGAUUGAUUUCUUGGAGAGCAACAGGACAAACCUCAAAAGAUGUACGUAUUUGGUGUUGGACGAGGCUGACCGCAUGUUGGACAUGGGUUUCGAGCCGCAGAUCCGCAAGAUCAUCGAGCAGAUCCGUCCCGAUCGUCAGACGUUGAUGUGGUCGGCGACGUGGCCGAAAGAAGUGCAGCAACUCGCCCAGGAGUUCCUCAAGGACUACAUCCAGAUCAACGUCGGUUCUUUGCAGCUCUCCGCCAAUCACAACAUCCUUCAGAUCAUCGACGUGUGCAACGAGUACGAAAAAGAGACGAAACUGAGCACGCUGCUCAAGGAGAUCAUGUCCGAGAAGGAGAACAAGACCAUCAUUUUCAUAGAAACCAAGAAGAAGGUUGACGAAAUCACCAGGAAAAUGAAGAGAGAUGGGUGGCCUGCAGUGUGCAUCCAUGGAGACAAAUCCCAACAAGAAAGAGACUGGGUAUUACAAGACUUCAGAACCGGCAAAGCACCAAUAUUGGUAGCCACUGAUGUCGCAGCCAGAGGUUUAGAGGCACAAAAAGAGACACGGAAUGACACGCGUCACUUGACCGGCUGCGAGCUUGGCGCUGGUAGCGCCGAGUAGUGAUGUUGUCAUUCGUGUUAACGGCAUGUGCCUCGAAUCAGUGAGAGCGAGAGACAGACACAGACACACGGACGAACAGAUCGAGAGUGGGCCUCGUUAGAGCGGUGUUAGCCCCCGUAUUCGAAUGUGUGCGUCUGUCGUCAGCCGCCGCCGGAGCGCCCGCCCGCCCUUUUGGCUGGCUGCCCCGCCCGGCGACCACGAUGCCGCCGCCGUCGAUGACGGCCUUCUUCCUACCAUUUUCAGCCACAUUCCGCUGUGGCCACCACCACCGACAGCCUCUCGCUGUUCCCCCUUUAUUCCUGAUGAUGACUCACUUAUUAUUGACGUGGAAGACGUGAAGUUCGUGAUAAACUUCGACUAUCCGAGCAACAGCGAGGAUUACGUGCACCGCAUCGGCCGAACGGGCCGUUCUCAACGCACCGGCACAGCGUAUACCUUCUUCACGCCCAGUAACGCACCAAAAGCGAACGAUCUGAUCGCCGUGCUCAAGGAGGCCAAACAGGUCAUUAAUCCCAAGCUAAUGGAUAUGGCCGACUGCGUCAGGGGGUAUGGAUCAGGAUCGUCCAGGGGUGGUGGUCGUAGAUGGCGUCGCGGUCGUCGCAGCCGUUCAAGAUCAAGGUCAAAGUCUCCGAAACGUGCUCGUCGCGAUCGGUCGAGAGAGAGACGACGGUCCAGAGGCAGGUCGAGGUCUAAAGAGAUAUCGCGCAGUAGGGACAGAUCUAGGAGUCGGAACAGGUCCAGGACGAGGAACAACAGGUCCAGGUCUAAGGAUAGGAGGUCCAGAUCGAAGGACAGUAGCAGCAGCAGUAUGAGUAGGAGCCGUAGCAGGUCGAUGAGCAGAUCAAGUAGUAGCAGAAGCAGGUCCAGGGAUAGGAAGGAUGGCGUAACUGCAGGUGAUGGCAUCGGAAGGGGCAAGAACUCGCCCAGCAGAUCUCGCUCCCGGUCUUCUGAUCGGUCUAUAGACAGACACAACAGUGUUGCCAAUGGCUCACCUCCUCGUCAGCAACAGCAGCAGCAACCGCAACGGCCUUCUUCACCAACUCGCCAAUACAAUGAUAGUGAAGACCGUCAGCAGCAGCGCCAGCCAGAACAGCCUGCGACUCCUCAAAAGGAAGACGUCAACAAUCACUCGGCACAUCAACAACCAGCCGCGCCCCCUCAUCACGAACAACAACAGCAGCAGCAUCAACCGCCUCCGAAUGUCAUGCAACAACUUCCGCCACCAAUGCAGCAACAGCAAAUCGCCUCCGCUCUGCCUCCUCCUCCUACUCAUAUGAUUCCUGUCAACCAGCAACCAGUGUCACAAGCACAGCCCAUGCCACAGCAGCAUGACUUACAGUAUCAACAUGAGGAAAUGCAGCAGCAGCAUGUAGCGGCGGUUUCUUUAGGUCAAGGCCAAGUUGCGCCGCCACAAAAUUAUCAGCCACCCCCAUCGUUGAGGCAGCAAUUCCCAGGACCACCUCCUCAACAUCAUUUUCCACCGCAACAACAGCACCAUCAUCUUCAGCAGCAGCAAGUACCUCCACAACAGAUGCAUCCGAUGGAACAGCCUCUCCCUCCCCCUCCUCAACAGCAGCCGCUGCCGCCGCCACCACAACCGCAAAUGCUUCCUCAGCAGCAACAACAGCCACCAAGGCCAAUGAUGAACAACCAUUUCGCUGGUCAGGGUCCCCCACCGCCAAUCCCUCAUCAUCAACGAAUGCCCAGGCCCCAGGGACCACCUGGGAGCUACAACCAUCAGGGAGGUUUUAAUCAUCAAGGAGGCGCGCCUGGAGGAGGCAACUUCAGGCCCAGGCAUAGAGGACCACCACCACAGCAAUUUGGCGGAGAAGGCGUGAUGGGUCCGGGGGCGGCGCACGUGCCAGGACAGCAGCAGAUGUUCCAACGGCCCCCGCCGGUCAAUCACCAUCAGCACUUCAACAGGCCGCCAAUGGGAGGUGGAGUAUUACCUGGUGGUGGUGGUGGUGGUGGUGGGUUCAAUCAACCGCCGCCACAACGCAUGUAUUUCCAGUACAGGCCGCAACGGUGAAUCGUCGCAUUUCGAUAACAAAUUAUGAAAGAGCCGGAUGCACAGCACGUUCUUUUUUACAGCAAACGCUCAUCGAGUUUUAUACUGAUAAUUAUACACUGACUAUUGGAAAAAACAUAGUCAAGCAGAUUGGCUUGCCCAGAAGUGAUCCCAAAAUUAAAAAGUCUGAGGAAAUUUUGAUAUACAUUACAGUCAAACAAUGGCUGCAUUAAAAAACCAAUGGAAUAAAAAGCGCUCCCAAAAAGUAACGAAAUAUACGAGAUACAAAAUUUGAGGAUGUUUUUACAUCAAUUCUGCGGUUUUCAUGCUGAUAAAUCUCCAUGUUGAUCUUCCGACUGCCAAAUGAAACCGCAUAUGUUGGAUUUAAUUUUUGCUAACGUUUCGACCACCUCUGUGAUGAUACACAUCAUGAAUUUACCUUAAAUGUAAUGGUGUGAUGGCCAUAUAGAAAUCACAGAGCCAUUCCAUCAAAUGGUCACGUUUUUUUUUUCAAAUGGACAACUAAAUUUGUGACCGUAUAGUUAAAUUAUAAACGUUUAACGAUCUGGUCAGUCACAAUUGAUGAUAUUGUAACGUAAAAUAUCUAUUGAAUAUUUAAUCAAAACCCAGAAUAUGUUUUAGGCUCAUUUAUUGUUGUCCAUCAGGUAAGACAAACCUUUUUAUUACAACUAACAUACAUAUUAACUUUAGGAAAUUAAAAUAAUUAUAUUUAAACUGUAUCAACAUACCAAAAAUUGCACAACAAAUUAUUACCUCGGAGUGACAGCUUUUCCCUUAUUUAUAAUAAUGAAAUUUGCAGAUACAUCAUGUGCAUAUUGUGGAUUAUCAUCAUUGGUCAGGAACACCAAAAUGCGUUUAUAGUGUAUGUUUCAGGUACAUAUGGACCAUGGAGAUUUAUCUGUUGACUUAUUUAUUACAAAUGUCACCUGUAUAUUUGUUUACGAUGAAAUUCCUUAGAUGACAAACGCUGAUGUGAAAGGAACGCACAACAAAUCAAAAUUGAUUCUAAAAAGAGCUUUUGAACAGUUCUUCAUAUAUCCUCAAAAGGUAUUCUUUUCGUGGAUGUUAUAUCCAUUCAAAAAGCAAAAGUUACACUUGUGUAAUAAAAUAUAUUUAUGAUAUUUUAGUCUUUACCGAGACAUUAAUUUUCUUCUGGUUAUCGUUUCAACUUGGUUUGAUAUAGAUGUUCGCCAAGUUUAAUCAUAACUAUUUUCUAACUUUGCAAAUAAAAUGCAUUUCUUUAUACAUUCUAUAAGCUGAAGCCUCAGUGGGUUCUAUUUAGACAGUGUUGUAAAAUAGAAAAUAAAAUUUUGGCUUCCAACAAUUUCAUUCAUAAUUCUCAAACACCAAAUAUAUGUUUGCCUGUUAAAGUUGGAAGUAAAGAACGUUAUUCGUAUUUUUGACGAUCAUUAAAGAAAAAGAAAUUAAUAACUAGAUUAUCAAAAACAUGAUAGUACACAGGAUAAUAACAAAAAAAGUUUUUCAUAAUUUUGUACAAAUCAAAUUGGUGUAGUCAUAUGACUGGCCAUUGUGUUACAAGUUUAUGAAUUUUGCAAUGCUGUGUAGAACCGUGUAUAUAUUUUCAAAACAUUCAUUAUGUUGGACUUUUUAGUGUUAUAAGUUUACAAAAUAACUUUGUAUCAUAAAAUUAUGUUAUAUGAGUAUGUAGUCUCAAGAAUAAAUCAUCUUUCAAAA